CAUUGUCCCAUUAUCUCUGUGUCUUAAAAAAGCAUACCUUAGUGGCAGUGGUCACCUUGAAGGCUGCUCGCGAACUUAAAGCCACUAUAAUUUCUUUUGAGCGGCGUCCCCGCAGUCAGUGCGCCGUGGCUUAGCUUGUCCCUUCAUCUUGAUGGGAACCCUUCAUUGGUGUGGACACCACCCGUUGUCGCCGCCUGCAGUGCUUUAAAUUAGUUGGCCUCAGUAUUAUGCAUCGCUUCUAGCACCCUGCAGGUCCAGAUGAUGUUCAAGGGAAUUUCUUUGAGACAAAAAGUCGGCGAUUUAGAAAUAUUGCCGUAUCGGUGAUCCAGACACUAGUUCGCCGUCUCGGUAAACAUUGCCGUUUGGGCAUAAACUUAACUCCAGCAUCUUAAUUCCCGCAGUUUGUCUCCAUCAUAAGGCAUUCCUACGGGAUUUCACGCGAGGUGGAACUGACGGCACUCAUCACGGGCUUGCAGCUCACCGUCCUCUCCUUUGUGCCAAUGGCAACUUUCGUCGGGAACGACGGCGGCGAUGCGACUUACCGAGUCCAAGACCCAUCCGAAAACCUUAAUGCGUCCUCCUCCAUCCAAGUCCAAAUGAAUCGCUGUAUCCGCCUCUCGCGCUGGCUUGUUUUGAUCAUCUGUGACAUAUUUUGACUCGGCUUUCUCGGACUUAGAGUUCUUUGGGCCAUUCGCUUGCUUUGGUAUAGGAGAAAACUUGAACAUCGCGUAUUGGAUUGUCCUGAUUACCAGGCGCGUAUAACUGCGCCUUCUUGGUCUCUUAGGUCGUCUGCUGUGCCACCACAGCCCCUUUUCACUCUUAACAUAGCCCACCACUUGAUAGAGCUCAGCGGGUACCACCGCUGCUUGCACUGGAGGUGGGCAAUGUCCAGCUACUGUAGAUGCUGAGGUGGGAUAUGAUUGUUGAUUGUGGACCCUGAUAGUCGAUGAAUAGAGGGGAUAUUGAGGGGAAAUGAUCUAUAAUAAUACAAUUGUGUUAAAGGGUAACAUAUAAGGGUGACUUUGCCAAUUGUGUUGAAAUAUGAAAUUGGAAUACAAAUAUUAUCUCAAAAUCAGGAUUAUUUUUUUCGCAAUAUCUUUUAUAUCACGAUAACUACUUUCUAAUAAUUGCAUCUUAGGCAGCGACGAUGGGCAUACCAAAGAGCUUCAUCAAUUACGACCUAAAUAAGAGCAGGGAAAGAGCAAUAGUGUCUAAUUGGAUAUUUAUUCCGCUCAUUGCAAACAUAAACAUUCCAUCGUAGACAUCCUUUUGACGGAUUAUUGCUGUAUUUAUGAGAACACCAGCGAUUCGCCAAGACAAAAUGCGACCCCGCCGUCGUAGGCUGUGGCAGCAGAACUCUCCAAUAGCACCAUACAGCGGCAGCAGCGACGAUGACUCACCAGGUGAUCUCAGCGACGCCGAUGAGUCCAAUUAUUCUGAUGGAUCGGUUGGGUCGAACUUCAUGCCUGAGUCCUUGACAUCACAGCAGUAUACAAAUAUCACCGAUUUCCCUUCUCCAGUCGACGAAGACAGUAUUAUCGAGCCCGUAGAGAAUCCACAUCAAGAGGGCAACAUUAUCGAGACCAUAGAAAGUCCGGAGCCUUCUGCUGCAGAAGCACCACCAGAAGAGUCAAUUAUACCUUCCCCUCCUCAUCCAAUCAUCCCAGAAUCCCAGGCCAACAUCACUAUGGCCGACACCGCCCUCCCAUCCCAAGUCGAGCCACUAUCCGAUGCCUCCUCACGCACAUUAGGCCGCGAAACCCCCUCCUCAAACCCAGGCACCUCUUCCGAAGCCCCCUCAUCAGAUGACGAAGUCACAGACCGGUGCUACGGCUUCCUGCUUCUUCAUUACCCCAAGUCCCUUCCCGCAACUCUAGACACCAUAUCCAUCCUCCUCAUCUACCAACGGCGGCCACAUGGUUUGCCCCCAUACUGGGGCUUCCCCAAAGGCCAUCCCGAGCCCGAAGACCAUAGUGACUGGGAAUCAGCCUCACGUGAACUCCUCGAGGAGACCGGGUUGAGUCCCGACCGCGUGACGCCCAUCACGCCGGCUGGAUUUUCUCCGCCUUUGCCGGAUUCGGUGGCGGGGCUGAGACCGGAUUUCAUGAGUGUUAUCUCGCAGUAUCCUAGUUUUGAUGGUGGGAUUAAGGAAGUAACGUAUUUCUUGGCUCGGGUCGCGGAAAUGGAGAAGUUGAUGGAGCAGGUGGAGGAGUUGGUGGAGUGUCGGUGGGUGAAGUUGUCUGAGGCGCGGGAGCUGGUUAAUAUUAAACCGGUGCGGAAAGUAUUGGAAAAAUUGAUUGGGUUGGUUUCGUCAGGUCCAAAGCAGGUGGUAGCCAGGAGUGACUGGAUUCGUUGGAAGGAAUUUGAUGCGUUGGAUGAUAAUGGGAAUCCGAGGCAAUGGCGCACAGUGGGGUUUUGUACUCCAGAGUAGUUUUUUUAAUCAGUUCAGCAAGGAGGAAAUGUCAUCACUUUAACUGCCUGAUGUUGUAUUUAAAGCUUCACAUUAUUGAGGUCGGGUCGGGCAACGCAUAUAGCUACCCGUACAUAAAAUAUUCGGUGGUAACAGAGUGGGCUUUUUGAGAAAGAAUGCUGUAGUAUAUUUCUACUGGUGGAAGGGGAAAUCAAAGACAUAACAGACAGAUGCGUAAUGGAGGCGAGGAUUGGUGAUGUGACA